CAUGAAAACAAAAACAAGUUGAGGAAACCUACUCGCGUUGAUACAAAUUUCACUUUUUCACUGUUACUUGUGUCGUCCAAGAUCGACACAUUUGUAACAUUCUUAAGUAUGUGACAGUAUCGGACGUACUCUAUUUACAAUACCAUCUGAAUACUUGAAAGUCAUUUAAACUGUGUCCACUGGUGAAUACAUCAGCUGUUCUGUUGCUUAUGUCACUGUGAUCAGUUUGUGCUGUGGAAACCACUUUUGACUGUAUGAAGAUGUCAAACAGAGGAGUGCUAAGUCUGCGCUUUAACCAGGACUAUGGAUGCUUCACAUGUGCCACAGAGUCAGGUCUUCGCAUUUACAACGUGGACCCUCUCACCCAGAAGCUGUUCCAAGGGGUAGAGUGUGUGGGCAGUGUGGCCAUGGCGGAGAUGCUGUUCAGGACAAAUGUCCUGGCUCUUGUUGGUGGGGGAAGUCUUCCCAAGUUUGAUGAAAAAGCAGUGCUGGUGUGGGAUGAGUCUCAGAAAGACCCAGAACAGAAGAUCCUCAUGGACGUCACCUUUGCCCAACCUGUUGUUGCAGUCCGAUUACAGAGGGACAGGUUGAUCGUUGCCCUGAGGAACCAGGUCCAUGUGUUCUCCUUCCCAAACAACCCACAGAAACUCUACACCUUCGACACCAGGGACAACCCCAGAGGAUUGGUAGAAGUGAGUCCAUUCGGUCGGACGCUGGUGUUCCCAGGCCACAAGUGUGGCAGUGUGCAGGUUGUGGACCUGGAGAUGACGCAGCCUGAACACACCGUGUCCCCCGUCACCAUCAACACACAUCAGAGUGAGCUGGCCUGUCUCGCACUGGACCAGAAGGGCAAGCUCCUCGCUACAGCUUCACGGAAGGGGACCCUGAUCCGGGUUUUUGACGUAGCUACCAAGAAGCUUGUGGUUGAGCUGCGACGAGGUGCAGACCCAGCAGUCCUCUACUGCAUCUCCUUCAGUGCUGACUCAGCAUUCCUGUGUGCUUCAAGUGACAAGGGGACUGUGCACAUAUUUGCAGUCAAAGACACGAAGCUCAACAGGACAUCAACAUUCAAGAAGAUGGGUUUCCUUGGUCCCUAUGUGGAAUCUCAGUGGGGCCUGGCCAGCUUCACAGUUGCUGCGGAGUGUGCCUGUAUCUGCGCCUUCGGUUCCUCCAGCUCUGUUAUAGCUGUUUGUGUGGACGGAACAUUCCACAAGUACGUGUUUACAUCUGAUGGCAACUGUAACCGCGAGGCAUAUGACGUCUACCUCGACAUGGGGGAAGAUAUGGAGUGAAAACAUUGGUGCUUCUGUUAUAACUGGGGAAAUUACACAUCGUUACUUCAUGUGCAAUCAGGGGAGUAUGACAAACUAUAGAACAUAGGCGCUACCAUUAUAACCCGAGACAUUAUGCAUCUUCAUUCUUUGGACUAUCAGGAGAAUACGACACACAGCACCAGCAUUGACCAUAACCGACAAGCCAGUCUGCAACUGAGAUAGGGGAUCUGAUGGGUACUUGAGUGCUCCAGCAAGGUUCAGGUUCAGAUGGACUAGAGUCCUGCAGGAGUUGUGUACCCUGCCAGGGGAGAUAACUCACAUUGUCACUUCAUAGACACGCAUGGAAAAGACAUGGCUUGGUAUUGAGGAAGAUACUUGAAUCCCUGUUUUCUAGCAGUCAAGUCCUAGUUCAGAUCACUGAACUGAUGUCAUCAGAGAGAAUGAUAUUUGACUUGCUUUGGCUUAAAAAAGUAAAAGAAUUGGUUCUCAGGCAAUGACUUUUGAAAAUAUAGUGUGGGCGGGCGGUGUUUUUUGUUGUUGCUUGUUCAAACUAGUAUGUAACCAAAUAAACAGUUGUGUACCAUCAACC